AAAAUGUUGAUCGUGUUCUCAAACCUGGAAAUGACGAUGCUCUCAAAUGUCUGCAGUUUUAUAAGAAUCCCAUAUUUCAUGUGAAUGUCAGCUUCAGUUCUAUCACAUGUUUUAUAGACUUUUACAUGAUUUGUUACUAGCAUAAAAUAUUGAUCAGUGUUUGUCAAACCUGGAAAUGAUGAUGUUUUCAAAUGUUCUUUGUUUUAUGGAGCAAAGAACCCAGAAAAUGUUCCCAUUGAAGAAGCUGACAAAUCACAGAACCUGGUUUGAAUGAAUUGUUGCAGCUGUAGAAUAAACAGAAAAGCAGGGCUCAGUGUUUGUCCACAUCCUUCCCUAUGAUCACUGAUGUCUUUGUGAGACGUUCAAGGUAAAAUAAUCAGUCUUUCUUUGGUCAAUUUGUUUGUUUUUCUUGUCACCGUGUUUCGCUGGAGUCUAACGUUGUCUUUCCUUCACAUCUUUAUGUUAAAGUGACUCAUAUAAAGGUUUAUGAGAGUAAACGUGAGUUUGUUUAUCUCUCUUUCUACAUUUUCUUCCUCCUCAUCUAUGGUGACCUUUGACUCUUUAACUCCUUAAAGUGCCUGUCAUGUUGUUACAGCAUGUACACACACACACACACACACACAUGCACACACCUGCACAGGUGACCGGGCUCGUGUUCGUCCUCUUCCCGCCUCUCAGUUGGAGGCAGCUUCUGAAGAAUUGUCUCUUCCUCAUUCUUGUGUUUCAGCUGAAAUCAGAGGCUCUGCAGAAAGGAAGGGGAGGAGUUUCUGCUUGACCUUUCACUUCCCUCCAUCCUUUAAACAAACAGAGGUUUUUUGUGUUUUUUUUCUCUGCUUGUCUUGACUCACCUGAAGCCGCUGCAACACUUUGGUGACGUCAUGUCUCAGAGGUCACAGUCAGACGGUCAGAAACACUUCGCCGUGGGCCGGGGCCUCCUUGCCGCUGCAGAGACUUUAAACUUCAGCAUGAAUGAACAGAGAAGUGGACGGCAGAUGGGGGGUGUGGCCUCCGGUGUUGGGGUGGGCGGGGGCAUGGAGGGCCAGGACGGCAGCCGGCGUGGUGGUGGUGGCGGUGGCGGCGGCGUCGGCAACAAUCUGGGCAGCACCAUGAAGCUGUUUGCCAGUUUGGGUCUGUCGCCGUCAGACCUGGACGCGCUGGCUGAAAUCCCAGAGGAGGAGAUCAGCGUGGAGACUCUGCCCAAAAUCCUCCGGCAGCUCAAGAACCGCAAGGGCGACACGGGAGAGCGGCGUCCAGCGUCCUCUAUGUCUUCUGAUGCUGCGUAUAAAGGCGGCAGGGACGGCUGGGAGGACAUGCACAUGGGGAGGAUGGGCGGUCCUUCUCUGGGUCAGGGUUCAGCUCGAGCCCAGACCUCCACGGACUUUGGGUUCAAUUCCCUGCAGGACGUCUCCACCAGCCGUGGCUACGGCUUAGAUUACAGCAGCGGCGGAGACGAUGGCGGUGUGGGUGGGAGCAGAGAGAGGUCAUAUUCCGAGCUUUCUCACCGCGAUUCUUACGGCGGGUUCAGGGCGGGGCCUCCACCGUCAGACUCCGUCUUUAUGCAGAGGAGGAUCGGAUCCCCGUCCAACGGAAAAGUCCAAGACUUCUUGGGAGUCACGCCCGCCAUCUUCCCUCAUGUGUGCUCUCUUUGUGACUUUGACGUUCACUCCGUGAUGGAGUGGAACCAGCACGUUAACGGACUUCGUCAUGCUGAAAACAAUCGACUUCUCCUCAACAUGUACCCGGACUGGGAUCCUGGGAUGUCCUCUGGAAGAAACAGGGGGACACUGGAGACUUCCAACAUGUCUCCUGGUAUUCUUGGCCCCGCCCCCAUGUCCUCUCAUGCGGUGGGAGGAAUGUCGUCCAGCUGGGGAGGAGGCGGAGCUUCUGGUCCGUCAGGAAACAACCAGGUGGGACAGAACAAGAUGAGGAGCAGAGUGGUCGUAGCUAAAUUCGAGCAGAACCUGAUCAACAACAAAGCUCUGUUUGCCUUCACCGAGUCGUUUGGUGUCCUGAGAGAACAUGUGGUCCUGAGGAACAAGGCGUUCUUAGAGAUGAGCAGUCACGAGGAGGCGCAGGACAUGGUCAACUACUACGAUCAACACCCGGCGCUGCUCCACGGCAAACCCAUCACCUUCUACCUGUCCACCAGACAGAUGUUCAUCGAGAAGGAAGAUCGCUCCUCCAACACGUCCAUGGACAGGUCAGGGCGGGAGGUCAAAGGUCAGAGCAGUAAGGUGGUCUUCUUCUCCAACCUUCCCAGAGAAGACGACAAGAAGAAGGAGCUGCUGACCAUCGCAGGACGCUUUGGCGUCGUGGAGAAACACCUGUUUUUGGCCCACCAGGCGUUUGUGCAGCUGGGGACGCCGCAGGACGCCGAGAUGCUGGUGAAGUAUUACAGCGUGAACCCGCUGACCAUCAGAGGGCGCCACAUCCGCCUCAACAUCUGCACCAAGUACAAGACUCUGACUGUUAAUCAGAGACAGAGUUCUGCCGGAGACAAACGCAGCCCGAGGAGCAGCAGCGCCAACAACUCCUCGGGUUCCAGAACCUCCUCUAACUCCAGGACGCCGUCGUCGACCAAAUCCUCGUCCAGGACCAGAGACGAGGACAAGAAGAGGAAGAAGGAGGAGGAGAAGAAGGAGGAGAAAGCUGCCUCAGAGGAGGAGGAGGUGUCCGGAGUGAUGGAAGGAGAGAACGAAGCUGACGGGGAGGGGGAGGAGCCGGGAACCGAUGGAGACGAUAAGGCGGAGGGGGCGGAGACUGUGGAGGAGCCAGUGAAGGAGUCACCAGGAGGCGUUCAGGAGGAGCAGGCGCCUGGUGACGACGCCCUCAACGCUGCUCCAGAGCCUGUGGGCGGGGCUGAAGGUGAGGCGGAGCAAAAGGCGGGGCCAGAGGGACAAACUGGACCAACAGAAGCUGACGUGACGACAGAGGAAGAAGAGAAUAAAGAAGCAGCAAACGCAGAAUCCGCCGAGAGUUCAGAGGCGCUGGAGGCGGAGCCAACCGCUGACACGGUGGAUCAGGAGUUCAUGGAGAACAUGGAGGACUUUGUGACGCUGGACGAGAUUCAAGAAGACGAGGACGAGGAGCUCGGAGACGGCGAGAACUUCGACAACACGAGGAAAGGAGGCAUGCGUGUGGUGAACAUCGUGGGUUUCAGACGUGGUUAUAAUUUCCGCACUGAGCUGCUGGGACUCGCCGACCCGUUUGGAGAAGUGGUCAAACACCUGGUGCUGGACUUACGACCAGAGGCGUACCUUCAGUUCAGGACAGAGGACGAAGCUCGAGCCAUGGCGAAGUUCUACAACAGUAACGUGACGGCGUCCGUGUGCGGUCGACCCGUCAGGAUCAGUCACUCCAUGACUUACCCGACCAUCCAGUGCGGGUCCAGUAAGGUCAUCUACGUGGGUCAACUCCCCACCGGCAAGUACGCGGACGACGACGUUCUGAGGCUGGCCCAGCCGUACGGGAACGUCAGGAAGUACUUCCUCAACCGCAUCAAGAGAGAGUGUUUCAUCGAGAUGGAGAACGCAGCCGACGCAGAGAAGAUGGCCGAGGACUGCAGAGCCAGCGCUCAGAAGCUCGGCGGCAAACGUCUGACCAUCUACGUCAGCAGGAAGUACCGGCAGCUCAAGCACGGACAUUUAAGUUCAUUCGCUCAGAAGAGAGAAAACAGCAGCAACAAGUCGUCGUCCAAACAUGACGAGGAACCUCCACCCAAGAAACAGAGGGAGGAGACAGCCAAGGACACGGAGGACGAGGGGAAGGAGAAGAAAGAGGAGGAGGACAUGAAGAGCAGUGAGGAGCUGCUGGAGGUCAAACAGGAGGAGGAGGAGCCAGUGGAGAUGUCCACCAAUCAGGACGGACAGACUGAAGCUCCUCCCUCCGCUGAGAACAAACCCAGCGCGGCGUCUCUGCCGCUGCCACCGUACGACGCCGACACGCCCGUGGGUGUGGAACACGUGAAGACCGGGUUUUACUGUCGAGUCUGUUUCCUGUUCUACACAAACGAAGACAAGGCCAAGAAAGUCCACUGCAGCAGCCAGACGCACUACGACAAGCUGCAGAAACAUCUGGAGAAGGAGGAGGCGAAAGCAGAGAAGAAGAGAGGGAGGAAGACCACGACGACGACGUCCUGAAGACGCGGCACUGUCGCAGUUUUGUUUAGAACAGGGAGGUCCAAACUCCGGCUCACGGCGAAAUUUUGUACGGCUGCGGCUUCAGUUUCAUUUAAGUAUUAUUUAUGGCCCGGGAGGGCGGGGCCUCACCUGAGUCCAGACGUGGUUCCUUCGUCACAUGAAAUCUGACCCUGGGACACUUGAGUGAACAAAUGAACUCACGUACUGGAGCUUUACUUUGUGUUUUUGUUUGUUAAAUAAACUUUGACUUUGUCUCCACACGACGGAACAAACUUGA